UCUCUUGGAAAAAAAAACCGAAAGAAACGAAAUCCAAGUAAAAGGCCAAAAUUGAAAACCGGUGGUCCGGCAAUGGAAUGGGAGGUAGAUGAAGGGAAAGUGGCGGCGGCGGUGGUGGUAGGGCUGAUAGAGAAGGCUACCAACUCAACUGAACCGGACUUGGAUCCGCGAAUCCUAAAAUCAAUCAAAUCGGUUGUCCGUCACUCUGAUUUGGAGCUCCGUCUUGCGGUCGAAAACCUAAUGAGCCUCAUGAAACGAGACCACUCUCAGGUACGGUACCUUGCACUAGCCAUAAUCCAUGAACUGUUCAUGCGGUCAAAGCUAUUUAGAAGGCUUAUUGUUGAGAAUUUGGAGCAAUUGUUGAGUUUAAGUGUUGGGUUUAGAAGAAACCAGCCACUCCCUGCACCUCCAGCCAUUGCAUCCAAGCUGCGUUUAAAAGCAAUUGAAUUCUUAGAGAGAUGGAACACUACAUUUGGAAUCCAUUACAGACAGCUCAGAUUAGGGUAUGAUUACCUGAAAAACACCCUUAGAUUUCAGUUCCCUAAUCUUCAAGCAAAUGCAGCCAGAGCUCAGCAGGAGAGAAGAGAAAGAGAGUUGCGGACAAAAGAGAUUCUGUUAAAGAAAUACGAGCUGUUGAAGUCAAACCUUCCUUCAAUCAAGGAGGAAGUAAAGUCAAUGGUUGAUGAAAUCAACGAGUGCUUAGAUAUCCUUCAAAGUUGUAAAGAACCCAACCUCCCGCUUUCUCCCAUCGAUGAAGAAGAAGAAGAAUAUUUUGAGGAGUUUCGUAACCUUGAAUUGCGACAGAUUCGCGACAAUUCUCUAAAAGAAGCAGAUAAGGUGCAGGAAAACAGCGAAAACAAAGUUGUUUUCGACGCGUUGAGAGAACUUUACAAGCUUUUAGUGACCAAACAUAUAGUUGCAGUACAAGAAUCAAUUUCUGUUCUUAUAAGGGUAGAAUUGUCGGAUAACAGGGUUAGAGACUCCAUGUUAAAAGAAUUCAUCGAUACCCGAAAUCAUCUGAAAACAAUAAAAAAGAAAUGUGAAGAAGCAGGAUGUGGUCUUUCAGUCACUACAGAUGAAGGAGGAGGAGGAGGAGAAGAAGAUAUCUGGGAAGAGGGCACAAGUGAAAGAUUUGAUAUUCCAAAACCCAAUAAGCAAAGCGAGGAGGAUCAUGAUGCAAACAAGAGUAAAGAUGAUGCUAUAAAAAUUAUUAAUAGUAAAGUAGUUUGUGAUGCUGAUUUGGACCCGUUAAAAAGCAAGCUCAUGGGUGAAGCCCCGGUGAUGAAAUGGGGUUCCUUUUUGGACAACUGGGGUUCGGUUAUGGCUAACCAGAGAGGGUUAGAGGUUGAAGGACAUUGGGGACGGGUUGACUAUGAUGCAGUGAUUCCAGCUAAUAAAGUUGCUGAGCUAAACAUGCAGGCAACUGUUUAUGAAGAAGAUGAUAAAGAAAUUCAACAGUGUGGUGCACCCCUAAAAAAGGAAAAGGGGGGGCUUUGUACGCGAAGGGAUUUGAAAAUUUGCCCUUUUCAUGGGCGUAUUGUCCCCCGAGACAACCAAGGGAAACCAUUAAUAAAUGAUAACUACUUGUCAGAGACAGAACCCAAGGAGAAUCUUCUGUCAGUGUCAACAGAGGAAUUAGCGAAACAGGCUGUGAUUAUAAAGAAAAGGGAAUUUUAUGAUAAUAAAAAGGAAAUGAAACGGGCGAAGCUUGCAAAAGUUCGUGGCCACAACGACGCUGUUUUGAGAGAUGCAGCGCUUGCUUCCACUUCAGCUACCUGUUCCAUUGGUGAAGAUGUCAAGACAAGAGAGAAGAAUAAUAGUCUUGCAAAGAUGCUGAAAAAGAAAGUAAGUGUCAAGGAUAGAUUGGGUACAAGGCUUCUCAAUAGGAAGGCAACUGCAAGAGCAACACAGAUGAUGAUGAUGAAUCUUGGAGAUGAUCGUCAUUCAAAGUACAGAGAAGCCUUCCCUAAUCAAUGGUAGUAAUGUGACUCUCUGGUUUGUUUGAUAACAAAGAGCUCUACAUUUCCACUUUUAAGUAUAUACGUUUGUUUGUUGUUUUACACAAUAAAAUCAUUUUCUUAUGUGCUCUCAUUUCCCUUUGCUUUAAACACAUGUCAUAUUGCUCUAAAUUCUGGAAUGUUAAAGAAUGAUUAGUUCUGUAUCAA